AUGCCAGGCUGGGUCGACGAGGAGGCCACCUAUGCAUCUCCGACAUCCUUCCAAGACAUGCAGAAUCACCAAUCGGCCACUUUCCUUCGUGGUCUGAGUGCACUUUGCCAACCUACAGCCGGCCCUAUUCAACAACAAAGAAGACAAUCUCUUGAAGUUACUGGAUCUUCAAUGAGUUUUAGCGCAUCGACCUCGGAGAGUGGCCAUUUCUCGUAUCCAACCAAUGCCGACUUUAACGCAAUUGCGGCCGUCUGCCCACCGCGCCUGCGCCAAUUCGCUUUACCGGACCAAGGAAUGCCCGACCCUUCCAUACUCGGCCUUGAAUCACAAAUACAAGUUUACCCUGUCUCUAAGGUAACGGCUGACCAAGAUACACUGGACUCCAUUACAGCAGAGGAGAAUAAGACUAAGAAGCCGUCCCUUGAUCUCAUCCAGUCCGAUCUAGAGAGCGAAGGUGAAACUUUAAUUAUAACAUCGCUUUGCACUCCCAUCGUCUUCGUUGCGGUGUUAGUCAUAUCAUAUUGUAGUGUGUUGACGACCUUUCGUUCUGAACAUACAUCAUCAUACAAACGAAUUGCAGCUUCCAUCUCAUCGAGCUCUCACCAACAUACCUAA